AUGUCCUGCUUCGCCGGCCUCACCGCGAGUGCCCCUGUGGCCUCAGGCCUGGCGGACCGCGGCAAAGGACGAGGCCGUGUCUAUGCCAACAUCACGGAAACCGUUGGCAACACGCCUUGCGUGAAGAUCUCCGAGGAGAUUUGCCCGAAGGGCCGCACCAUCUACGCCAAGCUGGAGUACUUCAACCCACUAUCUAGCGUGAAAGAUCGCCUCGCCUGCGCCAUCAUUGAGGAUGCAGAGAAGAAGGGCCAGCUGAAGCCCGGCGACACCGUGAUUGAGGCCACCUCGGGAAACACGGGCAUUGCUGUGGCGAUGUUGUGCGCCCAGCGCGGAUACAAGUGUGUCAUCACCAUGGCGGAGCCUUUCUCCAUCGAGCGGAGGAAGCUGAUGCGCUUCAUGGGAGCCAAGGCAUCUGGGAAAGCCGGAAAGCGCCUUGAUUUUGGAGUCUUUCUCGCUUGCCCCACCCUUUCCUGGGAUGUCAACAUCAUGGGAUGUCCUGGCCAGGUGAUCAUCACUCCCAAGGCAGGCAAGGGAACCGGCAUGGUUGCCAAAGCGAAAGAGCUCGCAGAGAAGCACGGCUGGUUCCUUUGCCGGCAGUUCGAGAACGAGGCGAAUGCCGAGUUCCACUACAAGACCACAGGCCAGGAGAUUUUGAACGACUUCGAGGGCAUGAAGCUGGACUACUACGUGCUGGGCUAUGGCACGGGUGGCACUUUUGCUGGCGCCGGCAAGGCCAUCAAGGAGAAGCGCCCAGACGUGAAGAUCUGCCUGGGCGAGCCGGCCGAUGCCCCGCUCGUGGCCUCUGGAACCAAGACCGAGCGAAACGCGGAUGGAUCGGCCACCGGCUCGCACCCGGCCUUCAAGCCCCACCCCAUCCAGGGCUGGACCCCGGACUUUAUCCCGCAGAUCGCAGAGAAGGGCAUCCUCGACACCGGCUACGACGAGUUCGUGCCUAUCCCAGGUCAGGCGGCCAUCGACAUGUCCCAGGCCUUGGCGAAAACACAGGGCAUCUUCACCGGAAUCUCUGGAGGCGCCUCCAUGUAUGCCGCAGUUGAGAUGGCCAAGAAGGCGCCCGAGGGCUCGGUGUUGGUGGCGAUGCUGGCAGACACCGGCGAGCGCUACCUCUCCACUCCCCUCUUCGCCUCCAUCAGCGCCGACAUGAACGAGGAGGAGCUGGCCAUCUCCAAGUCCACGCCGAACUUCCAGCUCUAG